CGAAGUCCAUUAGGGCUCAGAAUCAUCUGUCACACUGUCCGGGCCAUGGAUAAGUAGAGCUCCGGUCGCUUAGCAAAGAGCAGCGGCAUUAUCACACGGGACCUUGUAGCUUGAAGCCUUGCAAUUUUCCUGCUUUACACCUUUGAUUUCAUCACAUCGCUCCAACAGGCCAAACGUGACUUUGAACACCACACAUCAUGGAUCAACUACCAGCAUUCGGACGCUCCAUCUUCCCGGCAUUGAUGCCGACGAUGAAGGCAUAUUCUGUUCUCCACGAAAAGAACAGAAGCAAUAUCGAGUCGACACCGCGAGAAGAGUUCAAGUAUGGAUCUGACCCGCGUCAGAAGCUUGACUUUUACACACCAAAGCAAGUUUCAGACGAUACGCCCAUCCUGGUCUUUGUCUAUGGAGGUGGCCUGUCUAGAGGUGAUAAGCGUAUGCCUAGUCCACCAACAGCCGAAGGAUUGGUCUAUGCAAACAUCGGACACUACUUCUCAUCCAGAGGCUUCAUCACUGUAAUUCCCGACUACAGACGUACAGGCGACGGCGGCGUCUUCCCGUCCGGCGGUCAAGAUGUAGCAGGUGCCCUCGAAUGGGUCAAGAACCGCUUCAGUACGGGCAACCAUAAGCUAUGGAUCAUGGGCAACUCUGCUGGUGCGGUUCACUCCGCAACCUGGCUACUCGAGCCCUCACUCGCCGAAUCAAGAAAGUCGGUCCAGAGUGGCUCUGUGGUCAUCCAGGGCGUCGUGUUGGUGUCUAUACCCGCACACUUCCAACAAGCGGGUGAGGACCGCUCCGAAGUGCUUACUGCAUACUACAAAGACAAAGUUGAACAGGACUGUGCUCUUGGACUUGUUUCAAGGGCCGAAACACCCAUCACGAGAGUGUUGGCUGUACUCGGAACCUUGGACCCAGAAGACGAGAUUAUCGAGCCCAGCAACGACUUUGUCAAGAAGUGGAAAGAGAGAUUCGGACAGGACAAGCUGACAGAGGUGCUAUUGGAGGGCCACAAUCACUUUAGCACCGUCAUCGCUUUGGGCACCGGAAUCGAGCGGGAAGAGUCGUUGGGUACUGAGGUUCUCAAAUGGAUGGGCCAGGCUUGAAACCUACAAUCGAGAAGAGAUACAAUUAUUGCAUGCUUUGUGUCAUCACCAUGGUUUUCGUCUUUCCCAUUGGCUUUUGAAGAAUUUGGAAUGUGAUGGGAGUGAUGCUCCGAGGAAGCGUUCGGUGACCACAAAGGUAUCUCGGAUUUAGGGGUUAACGGCGAUGACGACAGGUGACGUUGAUCAGAAACCCAAACAGCAACCAUAUAUCAACACAAACCACUGCCC